AUGGCAGAAGAAUACCCCCACAAAAUCGCCCUGGUAGGCCUCGGCACAAUCGGCCUCUCAAUGCUAGCAAUGCAUCUCCGCCGUCCCGACACAACAAUAACAGUCUACGACCCGCGUCCAGACUACGAAUCCCAAAUCCGAGACACCCUCCCCUCCCUCCUACCCCAAUCCCAAACCAAAUCUCAAUCCGGAUCCGAAAGCAACCAAAUCGACACUCUAAUCUCCACUUCGCGGCUAAAACUCGCAACCAGCCUGGCCUCAGCCCUCCAUAACGCAACCAUAGUCCAAGAACAAAGCCCCGAGGUGACAGCCUCGAAACAAGCGCUCUGGAAGGAGAUCUCGAAGCUAACGGGGCCGGACACGCAUCUGUGGAGUAGUUCCUCGGGCAUACCGGCAUCCGUGCAGAGUGCGACUUGCGAUGACGCGGAUCGAGUUGCGGAAAGAUUGCUCGUUGCGCACCCGUUUAAUCCGCCGCAUGUUAUGCCGCUGGUUGAGGUUGUGCCCGGGCCGCGGACGAAGGUGGGGAGGGUUGGGUUUGUGAGGGAGUAUUUUGGGGGGAUACCUGGUCCUGGCACUUGUCCUGGCACUGGUGCUGGGGCUGGGACCGAGGUUGAGGGUGGGCAUUACAGGGCUAUCACGUUGAAUAAGGAGAUUCCUGGGUUUGUGGGGAAUCGAUUGGCUUUUGCGCUGUUGAGGGAGGCUUGUUAUCUUGUUGGGGAGGGGAUUGUUUCGGCGAAGGAUUUGGACUCGAUUGUUACGGCUAGUUUGGGGCCGAGGUGGGCGGGGAGUGGUGUUUUUGAGAGUUAUCAUGCUGGCGGUGGGGAAGGGGGAAUUGGGGCAUUUUUGCAGAAGCUUGCGCCAACUAUCCAGGAUGUGUGGGGGAAGUUGGGACAGGUUGAUAUUGAGGGGGAACAGGGGUGGAAGGAUUUGGUGGUUGGACAGACUGAGGAGGCAUAUGGGGACUAUACGCCUGAGAGGAGGAAGAAGAAAGAGGAGAUGUUGGGGGAGGUUGUUGAGAUGCAGAAGAAGAAGUGGGCAGAGUUGUGA